AUGGCGGAACCUGAGUUUUCGCGUGCUCGGCUUCUAAGUCGUGCUGGAUAUUCGCAGCUACAGUCAGAUCGAUCGUCUGGAUCUCAGCAGACCUCAGAGGAUUCGAGAACUGUUACGCCCGCACCGUCUUACUGGAGCGACCGUCGCUAUCGUUUACUCCGUACUUUGGCACCAAGCCCUUAUCGUUCGUCUCCGUUCUAUGCAUCCGCGGUUUCUUUGCCGGAUAUCAAAGAAGCUGUGAACGAAGAGAACGAGAACAGCAGCAAUAGUUCCGUUGAACAUGACAAGAAUGCUUUACGUCUUGGCCGAGUUUAUCGAGCUUCCUCCCAACAGGAUUUGGAACUUGCCGAAGGCAGCAACAGUGGCAACUUGGUCGCAGCAGUUCGACAAUCAUCGUCGAAAAACGUGAGCAAUUCACAAUCGGAAGCAUCCAGGUUUUCGGACCGAGGCGGAUCUUCUGGAGUUCAGUGGAAUAAUUACAGCCGUCGCUUUUGUCAAGAAAUCCAGAAAACGGCUUGA